AUGACCUCUUUAACGCGCGACGAAUACACGUUUGCGUGGAUAUGCGCCUUGCCGCUGGAGAUGGCAGCAGCCCGUGCCAUGCUGGAUAAAAUCCACAGUCCCCUGCCCAAACAAUCCGCCGAUCCAAAUGCCUACGAAGUUGGCGAAUUGAACGGUCACUAUAUUGUCAUUGCAUGCCUACCAGCCGGCGUAUACGGAACAGUCUCUGCUGCAACCGUUGUGUCGCGCAUGCGUCUAACGUUUCCCCGGCUUCAAUAUGGGCUGAUGGUUGGAAUUGGAGGCGGGGUUCCGGGCAGAAAUAAUGAUAUUCGAUUAGGCGAUGUGGUGGUCAGCAAGCCAGUUGGAAAAUAUAGCGGAGUAUUACAGUAUGAUUAUGGCAAGGCAGUCCAGGGCGGGAUAUUCGAGCCAACAGGCACCUUGAACAAACCACCACACGCUUUCUUGACCCAUAUGGGUCAGCUUGAGGCAAAGCAAAUGACCGAGGGCAAGGCUGCGCUUUCGAAAAUAGUGCGAGAAGCCCUAGAAAAGAACCCUGAAAUGACAGAAAAAUUCGCGCCCCCAGAACACUACACAGAUCGUUUAUUCCACUCCUCCUACCAUCAUAUCCCUGGGGAAGACACGUGUGAAAGAUGCGAUGUUAAACAAUUGAUUAAACGCCAACCACGUGAAACUAGGUCACCAUAUGUUCACUACGGACUGAUUGCAUCUGGGGACCAGGUGAUGAAGGACUCAGAAACACGCGACCGUCUAGCUAGACAACAUGGGAUACUCUGCUUUGAGAUGGAGGCAGCAGGCCUUAUGGACGAACUACCCACACUUGUAAUCCGGGGGAUAUGCGACUAUUGCGAUUCCCAUAAACAGAAACAAUGGCAGAGUUAUGCAGCUUUAACAGCAGCUGCCUAUGCAAAACUCUUAUUAUCAAUCAUGCCUGUUUGCCGAACAUGUCGAACAGAAUCCAAUGCAUCGGAGCGCAAUCUAUUGCGGCACUGGAUGGUCUCGCUAGAACGAAAUCCAAGAUUCGUUGGUCGCCAGGAUGAAUUGUCACAGUUAGAGAAACUGCUCACAGCACCAGAUGGACCUAAGAGGGUUGCAAUUACCGGUUUAGGGGGUGUUGGAAAGACGCAAUUAGCCUUAGAGGUGGCACAUCGCAUACGGAACCAAGACAGGGAGUGCUCGGUUUUCUGGGUCCCCUGUACUAGCUAUGCAAUGAUUGAGCAGACAUUCAUGAAUAUUGCACAUAUGCUUGGACUUCAUGAAGUGAAACCAGCAGAGGUGAAAGAACGGGUUAAGCUGUACCUGAGCUCUCAGCGGGCAGGAAAGUGGCUGCUAAUUUUUGAUAACGCGGAUGAUGCAGAUAUGUGGUUAACAACUACCCCAGCCCUUGAAGAGAUCCUUCCCAAGAGCGAACAGGGCCGCAUUCUCUUCACCACCCGCAAUGGGGAACUUGCGGUGGAGCUCACGUCAUCAAAUAUUAUUCAUAUCCCAGAUCUGGACAAGAAAACAGCUCAUGAUAUGCUGGACAGGCUAGUAUUACAAAAGAACCUGCUCCAGGACCCUGUCACCACAAGUUCUUUCCUGGAACAGCUGGCAUACUUCCCAUUGGCAAUUUCUCAGGCAUCAGCAUACAUCAAUAAAAAGCGUCUAAGACGAUAUAACGAUAUUCAGAACCCUGUCAUUACUACCUGGUUAAUAUCAUUCAAACAAAUUCAGCAGCAAGAUCAGUUAGCAGCAGACUAUCUAUCUUUCAUGGCCUGCCUCGACCCACGAAACAUCCCCUCAUCACUUCUGCCUAACCAAUCAACUGAUAAACAGAAACUUGACGCCUUAGGCCUUCUAAAUGCGUACUCAUUUACUCAAUGCCAGGGCACACAAAUAAGCAUGCACAGGCUUGUGCAUAUUGCGAUACGGAACUGGCUGAGAAAGAAUGGGCUUUUCAGCCUCUGGAUCCAGAGGGUGGCUGAUCACCUGGAGAAACUCUUUCCGAACAGUAGCCAUCAUAACCGGGGGCUGUGGCGAGGAUACCUCCCCCAUGCAUUAGCACUUGUGCAUGAAAAUGAGUUUAUUCUACAACUAGGACAGUAUACAGAAUUGUUUGAGAGAAUAUCAGGUUGCCUUACAAGAGAUGGAAGGUAUUCCGAGGCAGAGGUACUAUACAGCAAGCUCAUGACGAUAAACCAGGAGAAAAAUAGCUAUGAGCACCCGGACACUCUCAGAAGCAUGGCAAAUCUGGCAUCAACCUACUGGAAUCAGGGCCGAUGGAACGAAGCUGAGAAGUUGGGGUUGCAGGUCCUGGAGACAAGGAAGGCAGUACUGGGUCCUGAGCAUCCAGAUACUCUCAGCAGCAUGGCAAAUCUGGCAUCAACCUACUGGAAUCAGGGCCGAUGGAACGAAGCUGAGAAGUUGGAGUUGCAGGUCCUGGAGACAAGCAAGGCAGGCCGAUGGAACGAAGCUGAGAAGUUGGGGUUGCAGGUCCUGGAGACAAGGAAGGCAGUACUGGGUCCUGAGCAUCCAGAUACUCUCAGCAGCAUGGCAAAUCUGGCAUCAACCUACUGGAAUCAGGGCCGAUGGAACGAAGCUGAGAAGUUGGGGUUGCAGGUCCUGGAGACAAGGAAGGCAGUACUGGGUCCUGAGCAUCCAGAUACUCUCAGCAGCAUGGCAAAUCUGGCAUCAACCUACUGGAAUCAGGGCCGAUGGAACGAAGCUGAGAAGUUGGAGUUGCAGGUCCUGGAGACAAGCAAGGCAGUACUGGGUCCUGAGCAUCCAGAUACCCUGACCAGCAUGGCAAAUCUGGCAUCAACCUACCGGAAUCAGGGCCGAUGGAAUGAUGCUGAGAAGCUUGAUGUGCAGGUCCUGGAGACAAGGAAGGCAGUACUGGGUCCUGAGCAUCCAGAUACCCUGACCAGCAUGGCAAAUCUGGCAUCAACCUACUGGAAUCAGGGCCGAUGGAACGAAGCUGAGAAGCUUGAUGUGCAGGUCCUGGAGACAAGGAAGGCAGUACUGGGUCCUGAGCAUCUACAUACUCUCAGCAGCAUGGCAAAUCUGGCAUCAACCUACUGGAAUCAGGGCCGAUGGAACGAAGCUGAGAAGUUGGAGGUGCAGGUCCUGGAGACAAGGAAGGCAGUACUGGGUCCUGAGCAUCCAGAUACUCUCAGCAGCAUGCAUAAUCUUGCCUAUACAUACCAUUCGAUGGGUAGAAACACUGAAGCCUCAGAUUUAAUGACACAGUGCGCUACGCUUCGUGCCAGAAAUAUAGGCUCUACCCACCCUGAUACAUUGUCUUCCAGCGAUGCUCUUACGGAAUGGCAAAAGCUGGACCAUCAUAGAUCAUCAAAGCCAGGCAAAGGCCGAAAACUAAAGGCCUUGGGGCGUGUUCUCGGUUUUAAGUAG